AGUUAGGUUUUCUCGCAGUUCGUCUUUUGGUAACAAGGACUUAUUACUUCUCAUGAUAAGCGGUGUGUCCAACUAGACAGGGUGUGAGUUUGAAGUUACUCAACAAUCUGUUGUAUAUUCUUGUGAUUUGUGAGAGUUAACACUUCCGUAAAAAUGAGAUAAAAUAACCUACUGUAAACCUAGUGUCGGCUAGGUAAACGUUAAUAAUGGCAGCAGCGAGUCCGACCCCGCAGGAUUUACAAAGAAAACUUUACUUCCUCGUGGAGCAGUUGCAACAAAUGGCAAGCGAGCUGCCUUCAAAGUACCAGAUGCGUUUACCGUACGAACUCCUGUCUGGACUUGCAAAUUCUUUGCUCAAUGACACCAUUUUUGAAAUAGUCAAAGGACUGAUGGAAAUCCAACACGUUACGGAAAAGCAUUUAUUCCAGCAGCGCCUACAAUUGUUGAACCAGCAAAAAAUUGAAAUUCAAGAAGGACUCUCCUCGCUUGCACUCGAUGAGGAAAAGAGAAUUGCAACAAAGUUGGCUCUGCAAAAGCGACACAAGGAUGAACUCCGACAAACUGAUAUGAAACUGGUUUUGCAACUGGAUCAGAAGGUUUCUGAUCAACAAGGUAUUUUGGAAAAGGCUGGAGUGCCUGGUUUCUACGUUACUAACAACCCAACAGAGAUUCAAGUACAAAUGCGGCUCUGUGACUUCAUCAUUAGACUCAGCAAAAUGAAAAUACCAUGUUAAAUCAACGAAAAUAUAUUAGAGAGGCUGAAGAUGCCUUGCGAAAUUGUGAGGCUUGGAUGCUGAGCGUGGAGUUCGCGUGUAUCGGAUCACUUGAUCCCUCAAGGAAGCAAAUUCUAUAAACAUCAUCGAACGUUGAAGCAAAAUGUACCUCCAGACCUUCUGUUAUGUACUUGGGAAGAUCGUCAAAAUCUUUUUUGUUUUCUUCAGGUAAGAUUAUGCAAGUUACGCCGACUCGUUUUGCCUGGAAACGAUAAGAAAAAAGUGCAAUUAAUGAAUCCUUCCUUCUCAAGUAAAAAAAAAAGUCUAUUCCUACCGCGAUUGUCUUUUCCUUGAUGCCACCAACGGGAAGGAUCUUCCCUGUAAGACUCAACUCGCCGGUCAUCGCUAAGUUUUGCCUGAUAGAUUGAUUUUUAGCAAGCGAGACCAAAGCCACAGCAAUAGUUGCACCAGCGCUGGGUCCAUCCUUGGGUGUUGCACCUUCUGGUACAUGUAGGUGCAGAUGCGCAUCGUAGAGGAAUGUAUUUGUCUGAUCUUCCUUG